AUGAAUAUGAAUAACACACCGAUUUGGUCGGCCAACGACAUACACGGCAUGCACUCACCGCUCAGUAAUUCAAUACAAUUGCCCACAUUUAAGGUGAAUAUGGACACCGAGUCCGUGCGGUCGGGCUAUAGCGACCGAUCCAAGCGUUCGCGCGGACACGCCUCGCAUUCCGUGUCCCACAGCAACAGUAAUAAUGUGUUGGCCGGCAAUCAUACCGGCAAUCAUGUCGGUAAUCAUAUCGGCAAUCAUCACAACCACGUCGGCAACCAUUUGGGCAGUAAUCACGUGAAUCACACCAAUCAUCACCCGUACGGCAAUCACAGCAAUCAUCGCAACCAUAACCACACGUCUGGUCACAAUCACCGGUCGGCGAGUCGACACUCGCAUCGGUCCACUCGAAGCGAUCGGCAGUUUGUGAGCAAAUUGGAGUCACCCGACGAACGACACGAGGGAGGCGUCGGACAGGAGGUGAUUGAAGUGCAGAUUCUACCUCAAGACGACAACUGGGGCGACAACACCACUUGCGUCACCGGCAACACCAGCGACCACUCGGUCUCCAUCGGCGACGACAUGAAUAAGAUCGGCAAAGACUUGUGGAGAGAGCAGAGCAUGUCGUUCAGGUGCCAGAUGUGGUCGGGAACUGUUGUGACGGCGUUUCUGUGUUUGUGUGCCUUCGCGUCACCGCUUCUGAUGGUUGUGUUGCCAAAAGUGGAUGCCUUGGAGUGGAAGACCGUUGAGUGCGGACCCGAAUGCGAUGGACUACUCAUUAGUUUCGCGUUCAAACUGUUGAUCCUAUUAGUGGGCGGUUGGGCUAUAUUUGUGCGGCGCCCGCGGGCGACGAUGCCCCGCAUAUUCAUAUACCGGGCCAUUGUGUUGGCCCUCAUAUUUGUGUUUAUGGUCUCCUAUUGGCUCUUCUAUUUGGUGAGGAUCGCCGAAAAGCGGUUCAAUGACUACGAUUUGGUCACUUAUCACAGCAUUGUGUUGUUCGCCGUCUCACUCGUCGACGCCUUACUAUUCAUCCACUACUUGGCUGUGGUGUUGAUUGAGAUCAGACACCUUCAGCCCCAGUACUACAUCAAAGUGGUCCGCUCUCCCGACGGCAAGAGUCGCAGCUAUAAUAUCGGUCAACUCAGUAUACAGAGGGCCGCCGUAUGGGUGCUCGAGAAGUACUACCAGGACUUUGAUAUAUUCAACCCAUACUUGGAGUCAUUGCCCACCAAAAAGUCGCGCAAAUCUGGCCACACGUCGAAUCACAUCAACGCGACGACAGCUGCCAUCAAAUACUACGAUAUCGACGGCAUAACGAGCGCCGGCAACAACACCAGUGUCAUCGGCUCCACAUCGAUGGGCAUCAAUAUUACGAAUAGCAACCGAUCGUUCAUCACUGGCAUGAAUGGCAGCACAUCCGGUGACCUCCGGAACCGUAGAGACCGUACGGAUCGUGCGGACAGAGGCGACACAUCUAGUCAUCAUCACAGCCAUCACCACAACGAGCGCUUCUAUGAAGAGCACGAAUACGACCGACGGGUUAGGAAACGGAGGGCCCGACUCGUCACCGCCACCGAAGACGCCUUCACUCACAUCAAGAGAAUACAGGAUGAAAGAGGUUUGUAA